CCCGUCCUUUCCGAUCGAAUCUGGGCGCUGAGCCCCCGAGUGCUCGUCACGCUGGACCCUGGCGCGGAGCCCUGGCAUCUCGACUCGGAGCCCGAGACUCUCUCCUGGAGUCACCCAGGGGAGAUGGAGCCACCGCAGUGUGUGGAGGAGCUGGAGGAUGAUGUAUUCCAAUCAGAGGAUGGGGAGCCUGUGACUCAGACUGGGGGCCUGCUCUCUGCUGCUGACCUGCUUGCCCAGAGCCAGCUGGACUGCUCCCUUAGUCGUCUUCAGCUCUUCCCUCUGACUCACUGCUGUGGCCCCGGACUUCGACCCACCAGCCAGGAAGACAAGGCUACUCAGACCCUCAGCCCAGCCUCCCCAAGCCAGGGUGUCAUGCUGCCUUGUGGGGUGACCGAGGAACCCCAACGACUCUUUUAUGGCAAUGCUGGCUACCGGCUCCCUCUCCCUGCCAGUUUCCCUGCAGGUUUGCCACCUGGGGAGCAGCCCCCUGAAGGGGAGUGGCAACAUCGAGCAGAGGUACAGAUUGCCCGGAAACUUCAGUGCAUUGCAGACCAGUUCCACCGGCUUCAUAUACAGCGGCAUCAGCAGAACCGAAACCGUGCGUGGUGGCAAGUUCUCCUCUUCCUACACAACCUUGCUUUGAAUGGAGAAGAGAACCGGAAUGGAGCAGGUCCUAGGUGAGACUGAGCUGCCUUCUCCACAUGGGACACCAG